AGAACACCGACUCGGUGCUCUUUAUCUAUCGAAAGUACACGUUCAAAUUCAAAAUUCGAAAUUUAAAAUCUGAAAGCAGAGGAAGAGAGAAAAACAAUGGCCUCAUCGUCGGACAUGAAGGGUUUCUUCAGGCAAAAGAAGAAGACCGCCGGCGGAAGGGGUGUUGGAAAAUCGAAAGCGAACAAAGCGACGUCGUUUAAAAAGUCAAAGAACUCCGCCUCCGUCGGGACCGAUCAAGUUCAGCCUCCGGCUCUCAUCUCCCAUGGUGCUCUCGAUCUCCAAGAUGAUUAUGAUAGCAAAGAGGAGAUUCUGAGACAAUUUGAUAUGAGCAUGGCAUAUGGACCAUGCCUUGGGAUGACCAGAUUGGAUCGAUGGGAGCGUGCUAAAGCCUUGGGCUUGAACCCUCCAAAAGACGUUGAGCGUCUCUUGAGAGCAGAAAAGGUUAACGCUCAAUGCUUGUGGGAUGGUUGCAUUUAGGUCAUGCUCUCGUUUAUUUGCAGUUUAUUUACCUGUAGCUCUUCUACUAUUUUUUAAGCUAUCAUGUAUCAACGUGGAUGUAUCGUUCUGUUUUAUCACUAGUUGAGAUAUGUGCAGCCUCUUGCUGCUCUAUGGUCACUCUUGUUGCUUUGCUUUGCUCUGUUUUAUUUUAUUUUACUCUCUUGAAUGAAAUUGCUUCAUUUGUUUAUCUUA